GGAGUGGGGCAAGGAAACCGAAGAUCUCUGUGAAAAUCCACGCGGGUGAUGGGGAGAACGUACAAACUCCGUACCCGUACAAAGUCCGGAUCGAACCCGGGACUCUGGUGCUGUAAGGCAGUAUCUCUACCGCUGCACGACCCUGCCGCCUGUCUAUAUACUUGUCCAUAUACUGUAGCUGCUUUGAAUCUUGACUUGUACCUCUCUUUCAUUCAUCCAGGUACACUGGGCACACCAACUAUCUCAGGUGUGAACCCACUGAACCUUGAGAUCAGGGAGGAUACGGCAGCGCAUCACCUGAUCACCACCAUCACCACUUCGGUGUCACCAGGGGAUCAUUUAGUCGGUGGCCCAAUCAUCAUUAACGCUGAUCCCGCGGAAUAUCCAUUUGAAAUCAUUCCAAAUGCAACAAAUACAUGGGACCUGGUGACAACAAACAAUCCAAAACUAGACUUUGAAAGUACAAGUCGAUUCACUCUUCAGCUGCUGGUGAGGGACCAGAAGGGUAGCUCAGCCUCUCAGACCAUCAUAGUGAAGGUUCUCGAUGUAAACGAGCCGCCCGUAUUUCUGGGAACGUUGGCCACUCAAGUUGCUGAAGUUUAUGUUUCGGAAGAUACACCUGUCAACACGAUAAUCUACAAAGUUUCGGCAAAAGAUCCAGACCAACAUGAUGCUUUGCAGUAUUCACUCACAGGCAGCAAUGACUUCCAGAUAGAUGUCACAGGCUCAAUAUCUGUAGGGAAGACACUAGAUUACGAAAGUGCAUCGAAGAGCUAUUCAGUGGAGGUGAAGGUGAACGAUUCGAGUGGUCUCUUCAUUAUUGGAACGGUGAAGAUAUUUGUCACUGACGUCAAUGACAACAGUCCAGUACUCUCUUGCACUUUCAAGAGUCUAACUAAUGGCAAAGAAACUGAACUGAAAGAAGAUUCCAACUCAGGGACGACAGCGAUUAUAGACUUGGAUGAAGAGCUUGCAGUAGGGACAACUAUUGCCACCUGCACAGCUACAGACGCUGAUGUGAAGAGCAAAAUCACCUUCCAGCUUGACCCUGCAAACACUUAUUUCACCAUUGAUAGAGAUACAGGGACUGUGAUUAUUUUCACACAAGUGGAUCGGGAUCAGAACGGGUUUCAGGCAGUUCAGACAUUCUCCGCUGAAGCCUGUGAUCAAGGCCUGAAGUGUGCGAAAAUUCCAGUCAGAACAAACAUCCUUCCAAUUAAUGACAAUGUUCCAUCGUGCGACCCGAUUGUGUACAGAGUUUCAUUUCCUGAAGCGGUCCUUCGGGAGACGGUGGUUGCAACGUUAAUCUGUUCCGACUCUGACGUUCCAACAGACACGUUGUCAUAUGUUCCCAUUAGUGGGCCCCUUGGCCCUGGAAGUACCUUUGUGCAAAAACCCGGGGCUGCUAAUGUUAUACAGGUUGGGACCAAAGACUUGGAUUAUGAAGAUGUUGCCAGCGCUGCUGUGGGUUACACAUACACAAUGUUGAUAGCAGUGUCCGAUUCCAACACUUCCACUCACACCACAACAGCCACAGUGAUUGUGGAGAUCUCUCCCGUAAAUGACUUCAGUCCGGUCUUUGAGAUGAAUCCCUAUCGUUUCGAUGUCUUUGAAACGGAACCAACGAAACACAAGGUUGGGAGAGUCGUCGCCACAGAUAAUGACUUUCCACUGAAUGCCGUGACUUACAAAAUAAUCUCCGGGGACAUGCAGGUCAUCAGACGCUUCUGGAUUGACCCGAAAGAAGGAAUCCUAGAGCUAAUAACACAAUUAGACUAUGAAUCUGCCAAAGAGUACACCCUCACCAUCGAGGCAGUGGAUAGCGAUCCAACUCAGCCCAAAACUGCAGUUACCCAGGUCAUCAUCAAUAUAAUAGAGGAAAACGAUGAGAAACCUGUUUGUCUUCCACGUACAUACGAAGCAACAAUUCUUGAUACUAUUGCCGUUGGAACUAACAUCAAUAGCUUCCGACUGAGCUGUCAAGAUAGAGAUUCCAGCUACAAUGAAUCACGGUUUCAGAUCAUAUCCGGAAAUGUGAACAACCAUUUUGGUUUUGACCCUGUCCGAGGAUCUAACACCCCUAAACUGAUCGUCACGGCUCCUUUUGACUUUGUGGGACAAGCAGACAUUCAACACCGGUACCACCUCAUCGUCAAUAUUAUCGAUGACAAUAUUAAUAAAGUCAAACCAAGGACAGGAACAGUGCUAAUUGACAUUACUGUGGUUGAGACCAGAACAACAGCGCCUACAACAACAUCCUAUUACAAAAGAAAAGGACUGAUUAUAGUUGAGAAUGCGGUGAAUAGUUACAAUGGGACAGACUGGUAUGUUCCAUUCAUCAUCACACUGCUGGUGAUCAUGCUGGCUAUCCUCUUGGCCUUGGUGCUCUAUCUUAUCCUGACCCGCACUAAGUGCAUCCAAUGUUGCCGAAAAGCAUGCGCCAAAAAGCCCAAGCCUCCUCCACCACCACCCCCAAAGAGAGUGAAGAUUUACGCGCCAGAACCUAAAAGAAAGGUGGAAGUGGUGACGGAAGUGACUAAGUACGACGCUGUUUUCGAUGGGCAAGCUGUUGAUCCAGUGACCGGGAGGUUGUACAAGUUCAACACCGCGACGGGGGCCAGGAAAUGGAAGGAAGACAAAGGACCAGAGGCGAUAAAAGACAACACAGCACCGGCGGAGAUUGUCCAGCCUGUAAAACCCCCUUCGCCAAAGUAAAGAGAAAUGAUUACACAGAGUGACAAGGGGCGUUACAAAUCAGUGUGUUUCUUUGUACUGAAUCAACAUUUGAAUGCUUGUUUGAGAGUUUGGUGAACAAUUUGCCAUCAGAAUGUAGAGCAUAGAACAAUACAGCACAGGCAGGCACAACAUGCUGGAGUAACUCAGCAGGACGGGCAGCAUCUCCAGAGAAAAGGGAUAGGUGACGUUUCAGGUAGAGACCCUUCUUCAGACAAAUGAGUCUGCAGAGGUGACUCACCCUGCAACAUCAUCUAUCCCUUUUUUCCAGAGGUGUUGCCUGCCCCGCUGAGUUACUUUGUGUCUAUCUUGGGUGCAAACCAGCAACUGCAGUUCCUUCCUAGCAUGAGAACAGGCCCUUCAGCCGACAAUGACUGUGCUGAACAGGACUGAGCCGAGAUCAUUUCUUAUCUGCCUACACACAAUCCAUAUCCCUCCAUCCCCUGCAUAUCCAGGUGCCCGUCCAAAAGCCUCUAAAACGCCACUAUCGGAUCUGCCUCCACCACCUCCCCCAGCAGCGCGUUCCAGGCACCCACCACCCUGCCCCACACACCUCCUUCAAGCUUUGCUCCUCUCACCUUAAAGGUACGCCCUCUAGCAUGUUUCAGAAAGAACUGCAGAUGCUGGAAAAAUCGAAGGUAGGCAACAAUGCUGGAUGGAGGAACUCAGCGGGUGAGGCAGCAUCUAUGGAGGUGUGAUUUUUUUCAUCCUGAUGAAAAAGGUUCUGACUGUCCACCUUAUCUAUUCCUCUCAUAAUUUAAUACUGUAAUUUUCAAAGGCAACAAACAUUCAGAAUGUGCUAGAAUUUUAUAUUUUUUAAUUAAAAAUGUUUGGAUUUUGAAAUGUGAUUAAAAUCACUGAUUUGUGUCUAAUAUGCAACCAAAAUAUACAGAGAUUAUAUAAAAUGUUAACAUUCAAUCUUUAAAUAUAUUAUAAAACCACAAUUUUGCUGUAAUGUCGACGGCUGCUUUGCAAUUAAUCAAAAAUUUAAUAUUUAAAGUGUUUCACAGGGCAAUGGAGAUAAUGAUAGCUUUAAUGAAUAAAUAAUAAAGCAAUUUUCUUGUCACUCCUUAAUUUAACCAAAUUAGUGGGCCAUUUAUACAAUCCAUGCUAUCGUUCCAUCAAGUCAUAACCUGUAGAGUCAUCGUCUUAGAGUCAUUCAGCAAGGAAACAGGCCCUUCGGCCCAACUUGUCCAUGCCAACCAAGAUGCUCCUUGACUGAGGUGAUAACAAACUUUUUCUCCCAGAGAGUUGUGAAUUUGUGGAAUUCCCUGCCACAGAGGGCAGUGGAGGCCAAGUCACUGGAUGGAUUUAACCAUAUAACCAUAUAACCAUAUAACAAUUACAGCACGGAAACAGGCCAUCUCGGCCCUACAAGUCCAUGCCGAACAAAUUUUUUUUCCCCUUAGUCCCACCUGCCUGCACUCAUACCAUAACCCUCCAUUCCCUUCUCAUCCAUAUGCCUAUCCAAUUUAUUUUUAAAUGAUACCAAUGAACCUGCCUCCACCACUUCCACUGGGAGCUCAAUCCACACCGCCACCACUCUCUGCGUAAAGAAGUUCCCCCUCAUAUUACCCCUAAACUUCUGUCCCAUAAUUCUG